AUGUUUGUCAAAUUUAGUGGAGGUUUUAGCAAAGCAACGACUGUCUCUUUAAGAACACAAGUGGGGGCAGUAUAUGCACAAACACGUCUUAUCUCCAACGAAAUGUUUGAAGCAUUUGGGAAUCCGGUAAUUUCUACAAAGAAGACUGACAAUACAAACACCGAUCCGGUUAUCAACAUCAGUCGUGAAUUUGUCCCCAAUGUAAAGUCAUCAAACAGUGCGACAAAAUCAGAAGUUUCAUCACUUAAGGAUAUCUUCAACAAAUCACUAAAUGAUUUAUCUGCAUCCGAUGCAUAUCAAGUUGAAGAUGGCUCUAAGAACUGGUCUGAAUCUUUUCACGGCUUGGGCAAUGCACCUUUUAGUAAGGAAGCGCAAGAUAUACUAUAUUCGGAGCUACCAGAAAAUGAUAUUGAAAUCACACCUGAUGGACUAUUAUACUUACCAGAGAUCAAGUAUAGAAGAAUUCUUAACCGAGCAUUUGGUGCAGGCGCUUGGGGAUUGGCACCAAGAUCAGAAACUUUGGUUCAAAUGCAAGAAACAGGUGGACUCUUGACCAGAGAAUACGGGUUGGUUAUUCACGGUAGGCUAGUUUCUAUUGCUAGGGGUGAACAAACCUUUUUCAAAGAAUCUGGUAUUCCAACUGCUACAGAAGGUUGUAAAAGUAACGCACUUAUGAGAUGCUGCAAAGAUUUAGGUAUUGCAUCCGAAUUAUGGGAUCCAAGAUUCAUCAAGCAGUUCAAAAAGAAAAAUUGUGAGAACAUCUUUGUUGAACAUGUAGUUACUAGGAAGAAGAAGAAAAUCUGGAAAAGGAAAGAUGAGGACGUUGAAUAUCCAUACAAAAAAUGA